GGCGGUCAGUUGGUGGGACACUAGUGCCAUGCAGGGCUUGUUGACAUGUCAGUCAUCACUGUCUCAGUGGCAGACAGGGCCAGAGUGUGAGAGAGCUGGUGCUUCAGUCAGUCAUUCAGCGUGUUCAGCUCCUGGCUUCCUGAUGUGGACAGAAGGCAGGCAGCAGAGCUCUGUUGAACAGCAGAUGUUUUACACUGCGUCCGUUACCCUCAUUUCCUGGGCGGAGAGCUCCUCGCUCUAUUAGACGAGUAACAGGAACCAGAAAAAAAAGACUUAGAGAGAGAGAGAGAGAGAGAGAGAGAGAAGUUAGCAGAGCUUGGAGCUCCCACAAAUCACUUUGUCACCAGCAAGCUCUGACAAGCACCAGGAGAGAGGGAGCGCACAGGGAGAAAGGGAGAGAGACAGGGUGUUAAAUAGAGGUGCAAAUAGGGAGUUGUGUCAGAGGAGACUCAAGAAGGGAGGUGUGAAGAAGCUGCAGAGGGCAUAACCGAGGUGAUACCGAUGGAAGGAUAGAGGGAAGAGACAAGACUACAAUCUGAUUCUCAAAACACUGUGAUCUAAGAGGGACUGUUACUCCUGCUGUUGUUGCUGCUGCUGGGUCUGGAUGCUACUUAUUUAGAGAGAAGGUGUGUCAAACUUAACAUUUUGUUACAAGAGGACAGUGUUUGAUUGACAGACAUUGCUGUAUUUUUUAUCUUCUGAUAGCAUCCCUCGCUUGAGCUGUUUCCAUCUCUGGCUCGAUACACUGAGAUCACAUCAUUGUGUUACAGAGACAGCUGCUCUGUGUGUAAAGUAGGCAUGAGUCGGCGGCGUUGAAAGCAUUCUCUGGUGAACUGCAGCUGUACACAGAUCACAUGCUGUUAUUGCUAAAAAGAGGUAGUCAGAACGGAAAGUUUAUCAGAGCUUUUUUCAUGUGGGGACAUUUCUUGAUGGCUUGAUUGCAUACAUGUAGGUUUGUGAACUGGUGUAGAAUAAGUUAGAGAUUUUUAAAUACUACAAUAUACUUUCUUUGCACCGUGGAUAUUUGAUUAGCUCUGGGUUGACUCAAAGCCCCUGGGGUCAUCUGAUCAAACUUAAAAAAAAAACAGAGAAAUAGGAAGCCCAUUAUUCCACUUUAAGCACGGGACGUAUCUUUGCUAUUAUUUCUUUCUCAGAGACAUUUAGAGAGGGCCUGUUUGACACAUCCAUGUAUAGGUCAGUUCUGAAUCAUCGGUGAAGAGGCCUUGUGGGUCAAGGAGGACAGGAAGCAGUGUCAGCUGAAAAGAUAGGAAGCACGUUGGGUUCUGCCAGAACCACUCUUCAUUUUGCUGAGUGUUGUACAGAUCCCUUCCCAUUCACUCGUCUCUCGGGGCAUAUAAAGAGAGACUGCCUGGUGAGCAACACAGCCUUGAGCUGACACAUGGAGGUUUACUUGCUUUGAGUAAGACAGGAUUUUAUUUAAUAUUGUGGGUGGAGGCUUGAAAUCAUAUCACAAGUUGGUCUGUGAGUACAAAACCCGCUCUGUUUAGUAUUUGAGUGUUGGUAGAUGUUUUUGAACUCACUGAGUAUCUUCUGAGUCUUGGCGGCACUGUCUGUGUACAUGUUUGGCCGGGCUCUGUUAGCAUUUGACAGCUCCGCAUUGGACUCAUAUCAACGUCUGGGACGUCAUUGUGUUACCUGUGUGGCUGAGUCAGAGGCUGGCUCAUCACUCGACGUCUGUCUGCCCACUGGGAUUCUCUCCGACUGCUUCUAUGCAAAGAAGACACAAGUGUUAGGUGGUUUUCACAGCAGCAGCGACAGCGGUGGCACCAACAGUCCCGAACUUUGAGGACUCUCCACACUGCUUUAAUUGUUCUGCUGUGUGUCAACACCUUGCGUCACUCACACCUCUCCACAGAGGGAUUCACUGUUCCCUAAGCAUCCUCGGUUGGAGGAAAGGCAGCGAAAGAAAAGGUGAGGGAGGAUUUGCUAAGAACCAAAGCGCAUAAGAGGUUGCAAGCAGUUAGGUUGGCACCAUGAAGCUGGCGCUCUUGAUGCUCAUGGCUGUGUACACGGUGGGCAACGUAAGUGGCAUGUCUACAUGUAAGACGCUGGACCUGGAGAUGGUGAAGAAAAAGCGCAUCGAGGCCAUCAGGAGCCAGAUCCUCAGCAAACUGCGUUUGCCGAAAGAGCCAGAUCAGGCAGGAGAUGAGGAGGAGAUCCCUACCCCCCUGCUGUCCCUCUACAACAGCACAAAGGAGAUGCUGAGGGAGCAGCAGACCGUGGAACAGACACGCAUCUCAACUGAACAGGAGGAGGAGGAGUACUUCGCCAAGGUGCUGCACAAGUUCAACAUGACCGCCAAAAAUGACACAGCGACCCCCAAGUCCUCCAAAAACAUCCCGAUGUUCUUCAACAUCUCGGAGAUUCGGCAAAGUGUGGGGGAUUACCGCCUGCUGACCAGCGCGGAGCUACGGAUGCUCAUCAAGAAAACCACGAUAGCUUCUGAGCAGCGGGUGGAACUGUACCAAGGUCUGGAAACAUCAGCCCGCUACCUCGCUUCCCGCUUCAUCACCAACAAGAUGAAAGACAAAUGGCUGUCCUUCGAUGUCACUGAGACGCUGCAGAACUGGCUCCAAGGGACCGAGGAUGAGCAGGGUUUCCAACUUCGGCUGUUCUGUGAAUGCAGCGAGACAAGCGUCGACAGUGGCUUCAGUUUUACCAUCUCUGGGAUCGAGACUGGUAGGGGAGACACAGGGAUCUUACAAACGAUGACGCAGCAACCACCCUACAUCCUGACCAUGUCCAUCCCUCAGAACAGCAGCAGCCACCUCACCUCGCGCAAAAAGCGCUCCACGGAUCCAAAGGAUACCUGUACAGCCCAGUCAGAAACCUGCUGCGUGAGGAGCUUGUACAUCGACUUCAGGAAAGAUCUGGGCUGGAAGUGGAUACAUAAGCCAACAGGCUACAAUGCUAACUACUGCAUGGGGUCCUGCACCUACAUCUGGAAUGCUGAAAACAAAUAUUCUCAGAUUUUGGCCCUGUACAAGCAUCACAACCCAGGAGCCUCUGCCCAGCCCUGCUGUGUUCCCCAAACACUGGAGCCCCUGCCAAUCCUCUACUACGUGGGCAGGCAACACAAGGUGGAGCAGCUGUCCAAUAUGAUAGUGAAGUCCUGCAAGUGUAGCUAAAAAUGGAUCACAAUGCUCUGCCUCCCCUCAAACAUA